AUGAAAACAGUGUCAAUUAUCUUCUUCUUCUUUAUUGGAGCUGCUUUAACUAUAGCAGAAAUUCCCAACUGUGGGCCGUUGCCUGCAAAACGACCAAUUGAUUGUUGUGAAGGUCUUGACAAAUUUAUUAAAAGGGAAUUUUAUGAUGAAUGUGACAAAGAAUGCAGUCCAAUGGAUAUGUGCUGCAAAGGAAAUUGUUUCUCAAUGAAACUUGGAAUAUUGAAAGACGGAGCUUUUGAUAAGGAAACAGCUUUGAAAUCAUUAGACGAUACCUUUGCUGAUCCAACAUGGAAAGCUAUUUAUACUAAAGGACUUGAUGAGUGCGUAGCACGAGUUGCCUCAAUGAAGGAACAAUUGACACCACCACCAAAUGCUCCUAAAUGUGACAAUGUUGAGAAUGGAUUGAUAGCAUUCUGUUUGAAAAAGAAUUUAUUUAUGAAUUGUCCAAUGCCUUCAAAUGAUGAGGAAUGUGAACAAACUCGAACUUUCCUGAAUUGUGUUUUACCGUAA